AUGUCUGAUGAGUUUCUGUCAACACUUCGACUUUCCUCUUCAACGCCUUUAGAAGACGCCGACAAAGGUGGCCGAGUGAUAUGCCCGAUUUGUAAAAAGUCGAUGAAGUACUUCUGUUACAACUGUCGGAAGUCCCUUCUACCAAAUGCCCCGCAAAUGACUCUUCCGAUAAAACUUGAUAUUGUCCACCACCCAACAGAAAAAACAUCGAAAUCAACGGCUUUAACGGCAUGUGUGUUAGCGCCACAAGACGCCACGUGGGUAGAGUUUCCGGAUGAGAUUCCGGAGUAUGACUCGAAUGAAACGCUCUUAUUAUUUCCAUCGGAAGACGCGAAGAAGUUAAGUGAGAUUCCCGACUUGAAGAAAUAUAAGCGAGUUGUCUGUAUCGAGAGUGUCUGGGACAAAGCAAAUGCCGUGAAGUGUCACAAAAAUCUUGUGAAUCUUCCUAAAGCAGUUAUCUGUGCGGAGAGCACCUUGUUUUGGCGAUACCAACACCUUUCCGACGCUAAUUUAUCGACAAUCGAAGCAAUCUAUUAUUUCUAUAGAGAUUACUAUUUAGCUACUAUUGGAAACUAUACAGGACAAUGCGAUGAUUUAUUAUACUAUUUCGUUCAUAUCUAUAAGAAGGUCCAAGGGUUCUAUAACCAACACCCAGAGAAGUCUUUUGCCCACAAAGAUGGGUACAUUAAAUACACCGACAAGAUUGUCGAAAACGAAAAGAAAGAGGAGGAGAAGCGAAAACGCGAAGAGAAAGUCUUCCAGAUCGAGAAGAAAAAAGACAAGAAAAUGAUCCCCAAAAAUAACUAA